UGUUCUCCUUAUCAUUGUCUCUUUAUCUCAUUCCAGAGAUGUUCUAUUGACGGCAGUCAGUUCACUCACACUGAGUCAUUGUUCCCUCUACUGAUAUCAAGUGAUCUUGAUAGAUCAGUCCUUCAUGAUCUCUGGUCGGCAGUUAAUCUAACCUCACCUGGUCAACUGACACAAACUGAAUUAUAUCAACUACUAGGACUGAUUGGACUAGCACAGAAUAGACAAAAUGUUAAAGUGACCUUACAUGAUUUAUUAAUGACACCAUCUCCUCCAGUACCGACAUUAAAAGCUAUUAAUAUCAUCAAUACUAGUAAUGAAGAUGAUUUUUGUGAAUUCAAAGCUUCACCAUUAGUCCCUCACAAGUUUGAUGGGGUGGGGUCAGUAGGCGUGACCUCAACUCCACCCACUACUCAACCAGCCAGUGAUCCAUUGGAUCCUUACUCCGCCCUAAGAGUACUAGCCCCUCCCACUAAUAACGACCCUGGCACUCAAGAACUACUCACGAUAAACAAAGAACCACAACAACAACAACAACAAAACCAACAACAAAUUGAUCAACAACGACAUCACGAUCAACAACAUCAGAUCCUCCAUCAACAGCAGCAGCAGCUGCCUGUGAUUAAUACUGAUGUACAACCCAGUACUGGUGAUGGUUGGGCUGACUUUACUUCAUUCCCUGAUACCAGUCAACCAUUGACCACUCCUUCUACUGACACUACUGCUUCCUCUAAUAUCAUUAAUAUGACGAGUCCUACUCCAGUAGCAGUGGUAGGAGGGGGUCCUGUUGCUGGUGGGGUUGCUCCAGCUGGUGCCAGUGAUGGGUUGAUCUGGUCUGAUGAUGAAUUCACUGAGUUCUCAACCUAUCAAUCGCAAGAUGUGUCAGUAGCUGAACCAGUUCUUUCAUCUCCCUCUCAUACUAUUGGAAGAGGAGGAGGAGGAGGAGGAGGAGGUGGUGGUGGGAUAGUGUCACCUUCUCCUACCAGUCCAAUGAGUAGCACAUCAACUGACAGUAAUAAGUCUAUUGGUUUGUCUGAGAUUUGGUGUCAGUGUCUUCAGAAGUGUCUUGACCUCUUAAAAGACUCUCAGUCUCUUUUAACAUCAUCCAGCAAUGAUGAGGAGACACUUAAUAUAAUCAUUAAUGAGAGAGAAGGACAAAUGAAGAUUAAAGGAUUGGCUGAGUUGUAUCGGUUUGCUAAGAGGCUCCACACAUCAUCAAGAGGACAGGGAAAGAGCUUAAUGUCACAUUCAAAAAGUGAGACAUUGACUGAGCUGAUGUUGAACAUUAAAAAGAAAUGGAAUGAAAUAUGCGAACUCUUUGAUCAAGAAAAAAUUGAUAAAAUUCUCAAUACAAGUUCUAAUUCAUUCUUUGCUGGAGCUACUCCCAAAGAAGGAGGUGGUGGAGAUAAAGAGAGAUGUAUCCUAUGUCUCCAACCCUCUCACAUAUUCAUAUCCCCAUUGGUUACUAUUGAUGGCUGUAGCGAGGACUACCAGCUGGCUACUGGGUUUGUGUCUGGUAGAUUGUUUCACGUCCAGUGUGCUAAUUUUUAUAAAAACUGUCUCUCUCUUGACUUCGAACAAAUACCAUAAUUAAAGUAGAAAUAAUAAUAAUUGUUCAAUAUUGAAUAUUUUGAUUUUUUUAUUGCUUUGUGAGCUAUUAUUAAUAAUUAUUGAGGGCGUGGUCAAUUAACUAAAGUGGGUGUGACUUAUAAUUAUUUCUGUUUUCAUUAUUGAUUUGUACACAAAUAUUAUUUGAAAUUAAAA